AUGAGCGGCCGGUUGUCCAAGGAACUGCGCCAAGAGCAGACGGAACGAGGAUCUGUGAAAGCGGACGUGCGCAUACUUCUGGUUGGCGAACCUGGCGUCGGUAAAUCCUCCCUGAUAAUGUCGUUGCUGAAGGAUCGAUUCUGUGAGAAUGUCCCGGCCCGAGUCGACAACAUCGUGAUUCCAGCUGACGUGACUCCCGAAGGUGUUGUCACCUCGAUUCAUGAUUUCUGCGGUUAG